AUGAUGGCCGAAGUUCAGAAUCCUCCUCCAAUGCACGACCACGACGCUGCAUCAGCAGCAACAGCAGCCAAUCCUCGGCCAAUCCCUCCACGUUCAGCUAUCCGUAUCCCCCCGCCCUCAACAGUCGCUCUACCACCGUCCAUGUCUGCAAGUCGGAUUCGGAACUCACAUCUCGCACUCGACACCUUUUCGCCCGUUAAUCAGAAUGGCAGUUUCGAGUUCGACCGCGUGCUGAAGAGCGGACUUGUUUCUAAGAGGACGAGGAAGACCAAGGCUUGGAAAUCCAUCUAUCUCGUCCUCCGGCCCAACUCUCUCUCAAUAUACAAAGACGCCAAUGAAGCUAAACUCCGCCAUAAAAUCCACCUUUCCGACCUCACCGCCGUCGCUUUCCUCAAAGACCCAAAGCACAAACGCCAGAAUGUCUUCGGGCUUUUCUCUCCCUCGCGCAACUACCACCUCGAAGCCAAGUCGAGGCAAGACGCAGAAGAAUGGGUUGAUCUAAUCCGCACAGAAGCGCGCAUCGAGCAGGAGGAAGAGGAGAUGCUGCUGGCCAGUCCAGGCGGCAAUGCCACAGGCACAUACUCAGGCUUCGAACGCACAAUGCAGCAACAACGCGAGCAGCGACUCCUCCACGACGAAAGACUCGGCUCCUCCUCCCCCGAACCCAGCGACCAAAUCCCCAUACCACGCACCCAGCGAACCGAAGCUCUAGGCCUCACAACGCAGCGGAGAGUCUCGCACACAAUCGAAUACUCCGGUAAUGAGAUCUCAGACAUGUCAGAUACGGAUCUGCGCUGUCGGGGCGGCUCCAGCCUCUCUAUCUCAGAAGACCCCAUGGCUGUCAAGGCACCUAUACCACCUAAUCGGCCUAUGCUCGGCGCACGCAACGUCUCACAACUGUCAGGCUUCAACAUCGAAGCCGCAGACCCCGAGCGCGUCGUCUGGCAGGGCUAUAUCCUGUCCCUAAAAUCCGCGCGGGGAGUCCGCCAGUGGAAAGACUACUGGGCCGUCAUCCGGCCGCGGACGUUCGCGCUGUAUAAGAACGACUCGGAAUACUCGCCUAUACUGAUUAUACAAUUGGCGAAUGUGAUUAAUGCUGUAGAGAUUGAUCCGCUGAGUCGGACGAAGAGGCAUUGCUUACAGGUUAUUACGGAGGAGAAGAGCUAUAAGUUUUGUGCUCAUGGUGAGGAGAGUUUGGAUACUAGUUUGGGUGCCUUGAAGAGCUUGCUGGCGAGGAGGAAGGAUGGCGAGGGGAAGGGGAGGGGUGUUGUGCGGUCAUGACCGGUUAUGAACGAAUGAUCAGUCAUGGUGCGGUUCUCACGCACACAUGUACCGACUUCCUCCCUUCCUCAUGUGUUUUUGGAUAAGCUAGCUGGUCUAGAAUAGGCCGGGCUACGACUGUACAGGUACCUAAAGUUAUCGAACAGCGCUGGAGAUGAGAAAGAUCGAAAAAGGAGAAGAGAGAGUAUGAGAAAGAACUCGGCGAAUGCAUACGGUCUUUUGGCUAACGUAACGAAACGGCAAAAUCAACAAUGAACGAAUGACACGAAACGUCUAACGAUACUCAUGACGGCGGGAAAAAAAAAAGGGGGGGGUAUUCUGUAACUGUAAUUAGUACACUCAUGAAGGCAGCCCUCAGGGGAACUUGAGAAGGCAGAAGAAAAUAUGUUUUAUU